AUGGCCUUCAGAGCUUGGUUUCAAGUUCCAGCAAUGCCAUCACGGGCCAAGCCCAACGACCCCCCCGGCUUCGAAGCUUGGUCGAUUCAAACACCUGUUGGCCUGAAACAAAAUCAUUUUUCGCCUCAGGAAGAGCUGAGAUGUCAAGAUGCCAAGCUGCCGGCCCACGAAAGCAUCUCUUCCCAGCCAGACCCCAGAGAAGAUGAAUUCGGCCAGGAUAACGACCUCAACCGCCACACGCUUCCGGGCUUUGCCGCAACUUUCCACACAUCGUCACCCCAAUCACUUUCAGGAGCAAUGUCCCCAGCCGCUGUCAGUAACACGAACAACAGCACUGCCGAUGCCCCUGAGCAAAAUGCUUGGGUUGGUCAUCUUGGGGCCGCGGGCUUCGAUCUGAGAAGUGAUACUAUGACCACUCCAACGGCUUCGAUGCUCGCUGCCAUUCAGAAUUGCAGCUUGCUAGAUGACGUCUUCGUGGAGGACCCCACAACAAUGGAACUCGAAGCUCAUGUUGCCGCUCUCGCUGGCAAGGAGGCCGCUCUGCUGGUUCUCUCCGGGACCAUGGGCAAUCAAGUAGCCCUUCGGGCCCUCCUCACGCAACCUCCAUACAGUGUGUUGAGUGACCACCGCUCUCACAUCAUCAAGUAUGAGGCAGGCGGUGUUGCUUCGCUUUGUGGCGCCAUGAUACAGCCCGUGGUACCACGUAAUGGAGCUUAUCUGACACUAGAGGACGUUGAGGCCCACGCUGCCCUUGAUGACGAUGUCCAUACCUGUCCCACCAGGGUCAUCAGCUUGGAAAACACCCUCGGCGGCGUGGUUACCCCCUUGGCUGAGGUCAAGAGGAUAGCUGAGUUUGCACGCAAGAACAACCUGAAGCUGCACUGCGAUGGUGCCAGGAUGUGGGAGGCUGUUGCCUCGGGAGCCGGUAGUCUCUCCGAAUACUGCUCACUGUUUGACACGGUCAGCUUGUGCUUCUCAAAGGGCCUUGGUGCUCCGAUUGGGAGCAUCGUUGUGGGAGACGCGGAGCACAUCAAGCACGCCCGCUGGGUGCGCAAGUCUAUCGGCGGUGGUCUCCGGCAGUCUGGUGUGGUGGCAGCUCCUGCUAGGGUCGCCGUGGACGAAACGUUCGGAAAGGGACCUAACGGUGAAGGCGGUCUUUUGAAGUCGUCCCACGAGACUGCGAAGAGAAUUGAGGAACUCUGGACCAGUCUGGGUGGCAAGCUUACCCUUCCAGCCGACACCAACAUGUGCUGGCUUGAUUUAGAUGCUGCAGGGUGCAGCACCAAGGACUUCAUCGCGUUUGGGGCCGAAGUGGGACUGAAACUCAUCGGCAACAGAUUGGUUGUUCAUUAUCAGAUUGCUCAGAACCAGGACAAGGUUCUUCCUAAGCUAGAGCAAGUCUUCCGACGAGCCUUAGAGGGCGGUAGUCAAGCAGGAGGAGGUAAAAAGGGCCCGACGAACAUGUACCAGCCGCGGUGA